GCUUGGCGGAGGAUGUAACGAACAAUGAUCCAUUGAGCCCGGAUGCGAGAACGAUGACUCAAAUCGCCGAGGCAUCCUAUGAUAUAGACGAUUACUGGAGAGUUGUUGACGUUCUCCAUAGAAGACUGCAGAGCAUCGAUUGGAAGCAGUGGAGGCAAUCCUACAAGACUCUGGUCCUCCUCGACUUCUUGCUAACACAUGGUCCCGAGGAAUUUGCAGAAGAAUUUGAAGGUGAUGUCACCAUUAUCGAGGAGCUCGGUGCCUUUCAAUAUGUUGAUGAAAAAGGAUUCAACUGGGGCGGCAACAUGCACAAGAAAGCUGAGCAAAUAGUAAAACUUCUGGGAGACCGAGAAGCUCUCAAGAAAGCUCGCCUGAAAGCUCUGAAAAUAACAAAGGAAAUACAAGGAUUUGGGAGUUCCACCUCGUCUCCAUCAUCACGAUCUUCUUGUUCUAAUUCUGAAACGUUGAGGACGUGGUCCUUCGGCUCUAGCUCUGCAAGUUCCACCUGGAAUGAGGCCAACGAUCCAUGCAGGCUCGACCAAUUUUCCCCGAGAAAGGAAUUUAAAGAGGGUUACUAUCAAGGAAGAACAAAGGAUGACGAUACUAGCGAUUUCUUGUCUAAAACUGAGAACCGAUCACACCGGUGGAAUCACCACGCCACCAAAGAAAUAAAGUCCUUGCUUGAUCCAAAAGACCCUUAUCCUGAGCAGAAAAAUGGUCUGGUGAGCGGGAUUUGCUCGAAGCUGGCCGCUUUGAGUCCGAGGAAAGCAAAUGGUACCGAAAAGAAUGCAUUCAGGAGUUUGUCCGAUGCUGGAAAGGCAAUGAGGAAGAACUAUGAACGACAAUUUUCGAUUGGAUAUUGAGCAUUAUGCUAUUAGCCAGGUCUGCCUAUUCAAGAGUUAUUCAUAAAUUGUAGUUCACACAAUUUUUCAUGGUAUAUACAGAAUCGCAUUCAUCCUGGACAGAUACACACGGGAGUAAGUCCCGUGUUUUGUGAGUUAUAUAG